GGUCGACUCCAGACACGGAAUGUGAGGAAAAACAUGUCGGAUCCUGUCAGAUGAGCUCGCGCAGAGGUAUUAAACUUCAGCAAUACAUGUGUAUGGACAUUGCAUAUUUAUGCAGAACUGACGACUUUGUUUGCAACUUGCCCUGGCAUGACUACAAGCCUACAUGCUAAAACAGGAACGGCAGUGAUCGCAGCAGUUCCUGUACUCCUCAGGUGUUCCAGCAGAUACGAAAAGGCGUAUCCUAAAUUUCGUCUGGAAAUAACAAGAUAUAGACUAUUGACGAAAGAUAUAGCCGAGAUGACUGUGCAAACAAAGUAAAAAAUGAAUUUGGAAGACUUGACACGUUAACACUAGAGGAGUCCAUUCAUGAAGUAUUUAUUUUUUGGUUCUUAGCAUUUCUUGGCUGGGUGCGCAGCUGACAGGGACAUGCAAACCAGAGCCGAGUGACCGGAAACAAUCGUCGCCAGGACAUCUUCCAAGCCCAGCGACAUCACAGUAGACCCACGGUAUGCUGCCCCUCUGGCGGGGAGGAAAGAGGGCCUGAGCUCCAGCCACAGCAGAGGUGGAGAGACAGACGGGAGGCGGCCGGUCCUAACGCAGACCCCACGGGGGCCUGCCCGCCGUGCGGCCCGAAAGCCUCUGAAGACCCCCUUCCCCCCCGCUGAUUGGUGCAAGGGGCCGGGGAAGCAGUCAAGAUGAUUGACCUUAGCUAUCUGACGGAGGAGGAGCAGGAGAAGAUUAUGGCGGUGCUGAACAGGGACUCAGUGCUGAAGAAGACAGAAGAGGAGCGGAUCAAGAAACUACAGGAGAAUGUGCAGGACAAGGACAAGCUAAAGUUCAUGACGGGAGAGUGGUUUUACGAGACCAAGUCACAGAGACACAAGGAUCGGAUUCACGGGUCGGACAUCAUCAGGGCAUCUAUGAAACAGAGGAGAUCCAUAACACUGUUGGAGCUCACCGAGAUGUGGACGGAGAAACCCAGUUUUGUCAACAGUGGGAUUCGGGAUGUUUUCGUUCCUCCAGAGCUCUCUGGACUCAUAGACGAGCCGUCAGGACAGCCAAAGGAGGAGAGGGAAAAGAGCAGCCUCCUGCCAGGCGACCAGAAAGAUGGAGUUACAGUACCUUCUCCUGCCAGGGUUUGUUGA